AUGACGGUGCGGGAGCUCAAAGAAGAGCUGGAUCUGAUGGUCGGCAUCCCCAUCAACCUACAACGGCUGCAUUUCCUGGACCAAGGAAUUUUGAUGGAUGAUGCCACCCUGAAGUUCUACGAUGUCAUCUCCGGAGCACUUAUUUCAUUAUGUAUCUGGCAUUAUGAUGGUUGGACAGAACUGGUUUUGGCUGCCGUGGAAGGGGACCCCAGCAAGGUGGUUUCGCGCUUCUUUCAAUAUUAG